ACCACCCCGCAGAGAAAGAACUACAACACACUGAUGAGAAAGAGCAGGAGGAUGAAGAUGAAGAUUUCAUUCCUCCAGAUGUCAACGGUGGCUCAUCUUCUGAAGGAGAUGAAGAAACAACUCAACUUGAUGAAGAAAAAGUCUCAACUUCAAAAGAGCAGCUGAAGAGUUUCUCCUGCAGCACCUGUGAAAAAAAAACACUGAGUUCAGAGGGUCAUUUAGUGAGACACGAGAGAACACACACAGAACAGAAAGACUUCAGCUGUAAGAUAUGCAACAUCAGCUUUCCUACCGCAGAAGGUUGGAGACUUCAUUCAAAAGAGCACAGCGCGAAGAAGGCGUUUCACUGUGAACAGUGCGGGAAAGUUUUUUUCACCACUGCUCAAAUUAUGAAAGCUCAUAUAAAAACCCACAGUGAAAAGUCUUUCCACUGCAGUGAAUGUGACAAGUAUUUCAGCACCAAAGGAAAUCUUGAUGCACAUGAGCGAAUCCACACGGGAGAAAGACUGUACAAGUGUCCUCACUGCGAGAGAAGAUUUAAUCACGGAUCUCAUCUGAAGACACAUGUGCGUUUCCACACCAAUGAGAGACCGUAUCAGUGCAGUGAAUGUGGGAAAACCUUUACAGACUCAGGCUCUCUAAAGUCACACCAAAAUAUACACUCUGAUGAGAAACCGUUUCAGUGCAAACACUGUGACAAACGAUUCCGUCAAAGAUCUAAUCUGAUUUGUCACGAGAGGAUUCACACUGGACAGAAACCAUAUAUGUGCGCCCACUGCGGGAAGAGCUUUUCUGAUCCAACUCAUUUCAGAGACCAUAAGCGAGUCCACACUGGAGAAAAACCAUAUCACUGCAGCAUCUGUGGGAAGAGUUUCAAACAAAACACUAACUUAAUAAAGCAUCAGAGGAUUCAUAGCGGAGAAAGACCGUUCAAAUGCUCACAGUGUGACAAGACGUUUGCUCGAUCAGACAUACUUAAGAUCCAUCAGCGAGUUCAUACAGGAGAGAAACCUUACUCCUGCUCCAUCUGUGGCGAGAGAUUCGCUUAUUUAGGUAGUUUUCAGACCCACCAGAACAAACACACUAAAGAACAAACUGCACCAGAAUCAUCUGAGUGACUUUUCAUGUCUUGGUCUGUCAGUAAAUCCUUUAUUUCUGCAGUUGCUUUCAUCAUUCAUGCCAUGUGAUACAUGACAGUAAUAACAUACACAUGAUAAUUUCAAUUUAAAACAUUAACCAUAUAUUAUACAACAGCUGAACUGGAUUUCUGAGCAGCGUUCGCAUUGUGGAUAUUAAGUCCAAGAUCACUGAAUGAUUUCACUGUUUGUACAGUACACUAUUACACACCAGAGUGUGAGGUUUUAUUUGUGCCUGUCAUUUUUCCUCAUAUAGCAUUGGUCACAAACUCAGUUCCUGGAGGGCACAGCUCUGCACAGUUUAGCUCUAACCCAAAUCAAACACGCCUGAUCCAGCUAAUCAAGCUCUCCAGGAUCAAUAGAAACUUGCUAGUUUCUUGCACAAAGCUGGUGUGAAACUUGCACAAAGCUGGUGUGAGUUGGAGCUAAGCUCUGCAGAGCUUUGGCCCUCCAGGAAUUGAGCUUGAGAAAAUAUUCUCAUUUAUGGAGCAAAAGCAUAUGAACUAUCAGUUAAAGUUUGACGUUACUCAACAUUAACUGUUAAUAAAACAAUUCAAUAUCGCAAA